AUGUUUUAUUUUAUUGCACUCGUUUGUUAUUUACUUCAAAUAGCUUUUUCAUUUAAUCCAGAGGCUAUAUUCAAUUUAAAAAGACAAGAUGGACAAGAUUGGACUCCAGAAGAAGGUUGUGGAGCCUGUAAUGCUGCUGCUGGUAUUUUAACAAAUUCAUGUGGUAAUGCCCCAACAGAUCCAACUCAAUAUCAAACAUUUUUCAGUUGUGUUUGUGGUUUAGAUGAUACAUUUUUCGAUGUAUUUGAGCAAUGUACAAAGCAUUGUCCUCAAUAUCCAUAUCAUCAACCAGAUGCAAAUGCAACUCUUAUUAGAGAAGGAUUUUGUUCAAGAGCUCAAGAAUGGUCAGGUGGCAAUGCUACUACUACAUUAAGCUUACCUGCUAGUGGAUUAGAAUUAUUUGGAGUUACAACACCUCCAACACCUCAAAAUACAACUUUACCACCACAAAAUUUCACAACUGAAUUAAAUACAACAAUUACAAUUAUUGUACCAAAUGCAACUGUAACUAAUACAUCUCCAAUUGCGAUUAUAACUCCAACUGCUGUACCAGCCUCUGGAUGGAAUUUGAAUUUCCCUAGUUCAAUAAUUUUAUAUUUACUUGCAUUACUUUAA